AUGUAAAAGGAGGGAAAUAAAAUGGUUAGACUCUCCAUAAACUGCUCUGGUAAAGCAGGAGAUUUGUUUUGGACCCGUGGUUCUCUCUUUUGGUCAUCCCAUUGGCUGUAGGUAGCUGCUGCUCCUGACUUAUAGUCGCCGACUGAGUCAGAUAUUAAACAUGUUGAAUAUUUGCCAUAUCAGUCGGUGACAGGUCAGCAAGCAUCUUUCAGUUUACACUACACAACAGUGCGAGCACUGAGUGAUUCCCGAUUUGCUCCGAGCCAAGUUUUUGUUGCCGAUCAAUGAAAAACUGGCCCAAAAUCAUGUAGUGUGAACCUGGCAUUAAUGUACAAUGUAGGAAAAAAAUACAUUAACAUUAAAUAAGAAGGUGUAUACAAACAUUUAACUGGUAAUAUAUGGUGCAAUAUACUAUUUAGAGGAAGACCAGGUUGUUCAAGCUCAAGUACAAGGGUGAUCUUGAGCUAUCCAUUCCUGGAAGUAAAGUUGGUGGAGAAAGUGGCUGUACACAACCAAUAGUAUUAGCUCUUUAGCCCUCGUUCUCACUUUAACCUGUCUAUCAGCUGCCAGAGAGUUAUCUCGUCCUGGAAAUGCCCUCUAAGCCCCAUGUCUGCUCUACACGGGAGCUCUUAAUACUCCAGCUAAACACUUUUCACUUGCGCUCCCUCUCUGCCUCUCUUUCUCUCUCACACUCUCUCUCUCUCUUUGGCCAGUUUGGCAGGCAGAGGAAAUCCGUCACAUUUGUUGUUGUGGCUCAGCCGCCAUCCCAAGCUGCGCAGAGUCCAGACAUCUAACCCCAAAAAGCAGAGACAUGAGGCCAGAGAGGAGGGAGGCCGCUGCAGGGACGAGCUGCCUGAUGGCCUGAGUUACAAACAAAUAGCCACACGGAGAAGCUGGGACACGGAGCAAAGCAAAGACAAGGGCUUCCACCAUGCUGAUACCGUGGAGGACACUGUUCUAUCAGAUGGUGCUGAACGUGUCAUAUGACAUCGUAAAAGCCAGUUUAUGCCUUGGUGGUCAUGAUAUUUUAGCGGCAAUUAAAGAAAAUAGUCCCAUGGGGGAAUUCAUUGCAAACAUCACCAUUGCUGAAGAACCAAGGGCCAAUAGUAUUCGCCUGUGCCUCACCGGAGAGAAUGCUGGCUGGUUUUACCUUGAGGGAAGAACAAUUAGAUUAAACACGUCCUUUUCAAGAGGGCUCGACCGAGAGGUCCAGGGGUCAAUUUUGCUGGCCUCCUUAACAUGUUAUGAGGAGGACACAAAACAGAAUGAAUACAGAGUGAUGGUGGAGAUCUUGAAUGAAAAUGACAACCUGCCAUAUUUUCUUGAAAAGACUAUUCAACCACGAUCUAUUAGUGAGUUGACAGCAGUGAACUCUGUGGCGUUUUCAGUUAAAGCCAAAGAUGCAGAUGGCGACAUUAUCACAUACAUCAUUGAUAAGUUGUCUCCUGAUGCCAGCUAUUUCAGAAUUGACCUUCCCAACAGCGGAAUUAUUAUCUUGAACAAACCACUAGACUUUGAAACUAAAACCGAGCUCCAGGUGAACAUAUGUGCUGUGGAAAUGAACACCAUUGAGAAGUACAACACGACUGCAACAAUAAAAAUAAGCGUGCUGGAUGGAGAUGAUCAGUAUCCUCAGUUCCUGCCCUGUUCUCCAGUUUCAGAACACACCAUAUGCACCAACCCUCUAUACAUCGCUAACAUCUCAGAGGAAGCAGAGAACACCAUCUUGCAUUUCUCACCUGGUCCCAUUCAUGCUGAGGAUGGAGACAAAGACAUACUGGCCCCUGUGACCUACGCUAUCCUAUCAGGUGACGACAAUGGCAGAUUUACUAUCAACCAUGAAACUGGAGAAAUUACCCUGAGACGGCGAGUACAAAACAGACUGAUGGCUUCCUCUUUCAGACUUCUUAUCAUGGCUUCCCAAGUGAAUGAUCCUAAGAAGUACACAGUGACCACUGCACUGGUUCGGGUGGUGGCAGAGAACCGCUUUCCUCCUUACUUUAACAGAACUACCUACAAGGGUUUCAUUAUUGAGAACUCCAGCCCUGCGACACUAGUCUCCACUUACGGAAGCGAGGUCCUCAUCAUUCAAGCCACAGACAGAGAUUUCAAAGAUGGCAUCAACCCAAAAAUCACCUAUGCCCUUCACCCGAUCGCCACCAGCACCAAGCUGUACCAUAUCACUGAGGACGGUAUCCUGAUCGCAAAGGCCACUCAUCUCAGCGCGUUUGACAGACAUAUCCUUGAGGUGGUAGCAACAGACCAAGAGUCAGGAGAUGUUGCCAACGCCACUGUGGAUAUUGAAGUUCUACAAAGGGGACAAGCAGUUCCGAGAAGCCCCUUUGGAGAGGAGCGGCUAUUUGGGGACGUGAAUGUGGGAAUAGCUGGAGGCUUGGCUGCUGUGCUGCUGCUGCUGGCAGUGGCGGCAUUCUGUCUGCUGCUUAGAUUGCUCAGAAGAUGGAGACACCGACGGGACCCUGUAGAGAGAGGCUCUGUAGCACUGGGCAAGCACCCCAAUGUGGAGCCUUCCUCUCCCAUUCGGACUCACCAGACCCCAUAGGGAUUAAAUCACAGUUCUGCUAUAGCAGACGGGUCCUGCUGUGCUGUACAGAACAGAUGUGGGCUAUGCUGUCCCAGUGGACUGUUGUGCAAAGAGCACUUCACAAUAUCCUGGAAAGGGAUCAUGGCCGACAGCAUUGAAGUUGAACCUGGUCAUUCUUGCAUGUUAAUUAUCAAAGACUGACCUGCAGUCGUCUCUGCCAAACUCAGCACACUGCUUGGGAAAUCCAGCCCUGACUGAAGCCCAUAUGCUAUACGAUGGUAUGUACAGUAAAUAUAUGGUCACCGGAUUACUGUGGACACUGGAGUCUCUGUUUCCCUCAUUCUGCUGUCCAGCUUCAGAAGAGUGUCUGAAGUUUGCUCUGUUUCAUAAAUCAGUGGAUGAUUAAAUUAACAAUCAAAUAUGCAGUACAUAUGCAUGUAACAUUUUUUUAUGUUUUGAACUUUUUUGUAAAUUGCUACUGUUUUCAUGAUGUACAAUGUGAAGUUUUAUACAAAAGACUAGAAAUGAUGCUAUUUAUCACAAACACAUUUCACAAUACCAUCAAACAGGGCAAGAGUAGUAUUUACAUAACAUAUGUUUAUCUUUAGGCUAUUGCUAUACAUACACAAUUAGGUGUCAGAAUUGAGCACUUUAAGCGAAUAACCACACUGCAAAAAAAAAAUCCAAAUGUAA